UUUUUUUUUGUUACUUGUUUUUUCUUCUUUUUAUUUAUUUAUUUUUAUUUUUUGAUACCCCUUCUCCCUCCUUUUGUUUCUUACCAUUUUAUACUUGAUUCCCUCUUCAUCAUUAUUCCCUGUCCCCAACAACAAACUUUGUAUACCUUCUUCAUUUUUUUUAUACCUUUUAUUUGAACCAUUCUCAUUAUAUCAUGCCUUUUAGGUCAGUGACUCAUCAACUAAAAGCAAAAUGGCAACAAAAACGUACUUCUCGGACGAAAUCAGUUGAUUUACCUACUCCUCCAUCUACUGACAAUGAUAUUACGCGAUCACCUCAACAACAAUCUAAACAAGAUGACAAGAAGAAGAAAACAAAAGAAAUAGCUCCUAGUCCUGAUUAUUUAUUGGCUGGUAUUGGUGAUUAUCUCUUUGAUCGUCCUUUGGGUCAUGGCAAGUUUAGUAAAGUUAUGUUGGCGAGACAUUAUCUUACUGGUGAACAAUUUGCUAUCAAGGUCAUUGACAAAAGAGUUCAUGAAUAUCGAGUCAUGUCAAGACUUGUAAGGGAAAUUCGAUUAAUGGAAGCAUUAGAUCAUCCUAAUGUGGUUCACCUGUAUGAAACUGUGGAAACAGCCGACUCGUUAUACUUGAUAAUGGAAUAUGUUCCUGGAUUUAAUUUAGAUGAACAUUUACAAAAACGACAUGGAUUAUUACAUGAAGAUGAAGCUCGUUUGAUAUUUCGACAAAUGGUAGCAGCUGUGGAUUAUUGUCAUAGUCGUUGGGUCGUACAUCGUGAUCUAAAGGCACCGAAUGUUUUAUUGAAAACCAAUGGUCAAGUGAAAUUAGCCGACUUUGGGUUGGGAAAUCGUUUUGGUUUGCAGCGAUUGCGAACAAUGUGUGGCUCCAUGUUAUACUAUAGUCCUGAAAUCAUUUGCGAACAAAAAUAUAUUGGUCCAGAAGUCGAUUGUUGGUGUCUUGGUGUUACUUUGUUUCGAAUGACCUCUGGAUUCGAACCAUUCUCUCAUGCUCGUACUUUUGGGGAAUUACGAAAAGAUGUUAUACAUGGAAAUUAUCCUAUGCCAACACAUUUUAGUGAAGAAUUACAACAAACCAUACAAAAGUGUUUAUCGGUAGAUCGACGACAACGAAUCGCACUUCGGGUAGCAUUAAAGGAUGAUCCCUGGUUGAAUGACAAUGGUCGAUUAGAUGAUCUCUUUCUUGAGAAAAGUUCAGGUUAUUAUGGUGGAUUCAAUAGUAACGAACCUCUCUUGAUCAAUGGGGUACCGACUGAAUUGGAUGAAUCUGUACGACAUCGAAUGGAACGAGAACGAUCGAAACGACAAUGUUUGAAAGAUAUGGAAGAAGAAAAAAAUUCUGGUCAUCAUAUCAAGAAAACUGUUAUAUAUCACCCAAUCAACUCUUCUAUUUAUUUUACUGGAAAUGGUGGUUAUUCACCACAUAUGGAUGACAAUGCUCAAACACAAGAAUUACUACGUGCGGAAUUAUUGGCCGAAGUCAAGAUGGUGCUUUCCCAACUACAAUUGACUCCAAUCUCUCAACCACCCAAUGGUCAUUCUCCAAUACAUCAAUUCUUCCAAAAACUGAAACGACCUGAAUCUAUCUUGACACUUUCCUCUGCAGCCUAUAGUAGCAACAAUAUCAGUAGCAAUUUUCUUUCAUCAGCGGCUGGUACCAAACCUGACACUGGUUCACCUGGUGGAUUCUCCUCUCGACUAAAGAAAACAACUUCUACUCUUAGUCUGGCAAGUCUAUAUACCCGACCCAAGGAACAUAUCAACUAUUAUACAAUUCAAAACACUUCUCGUGGAUCAUCUUCAGCUACUGUCUUGUCUUCUUUCUCUUCAGGUUCAUCCAUUUCUGCUAGUAACAGUUUGUCAACGCCAACCCUUCCACCAACAAAUUCCGCUUCUGGAUCAGCAAAAACAGGUCGAUUCAGUCUUCAACCACUCUAUGAUGAUCUUUCUCAACAGCAAGAUGAAUGUGAAUUGAUCUUAUUAGUACAAUCUGCAUGUCAACUUUUGGGUGUUACUUAUCAACAUGAAUCGAAAACCAAGCUUACAUGUGUGUUGACUUUACGAAAUUAUACCAUGGAGGAUCAGCAACAGAGAGAACAGCAACAACAGCUACAACAACAACAACAACAACAACAACAACAACAACAACAACAACAACAACAACAACAACAACAACAACAACAACAACAACAACAACAACAACAACAACAACAACAACAACAACAACAACAACAACAACAACAACAACAACAACAACAACAACAACAACAACAGCAGCAGCAACAACAACAACAAAAGGAAUCAUCACAGCGAAGGAAGGGCAAAUGGUUACAAGGUUGGCGGGACAGUGGAGCUCGGCACAAGUCUGAACUUGACAAAAUGACAAAAAAGAGAUCAAAGCAUGGACUGAAAACUGCGACAUCAUCACCCAAUUUGGUUCAGGAUGCAUCAUCUACUACAUCAUCACAACAACAACAACAACAACCAUCUUAUGGUGGCAGUUCAACAUAUACAUCAAGAAGCAGUACAAUGGAUCGAAUCAGCAAUGGUAGCAACACAAGUCGAUGGAGUCGGCAUAUGAAACGACUUUCAGCACCCUUUCAACAAUGGCCUUGGUCAUCUCAAUCUCUUCAUUUGCAUUCAUCCAUGCCCAUCGGUGGUCCCAGUCAGACAACUACAGGUGGUGCAAAUGGUAGUGGUGCUACAACGGCUACAUUUGGACAACUCAACCCACCCACACAGCAGCAACCUUUGAAUAUUGAUGAUGAUGAAGACGAUGAUGAAAAGGCUCAGAAUAAGGACGGUAUCGCGAUGUUUACCAUGGAGGCUUAUUCUAUUCCAAAUAGCAACAAAUCAUCGACAACUGGUGAACCUGAUAUAUCGCCUCAUGUAGUAGCUCUUCGAUUUGUUAAGAUUAAAGGUUCGACAAAAGUAUACAAACUGGCUACUGGUUGGAUCAGCAAUGUAUUGAACUUUUCGUCCUCUUCAGUGACUGGUACUACCCCUCUUUCUAGUUCGGUGAAUGAUACUUUAGCCUAGUUCUUCUUUUUUUUUUUUUUUAGAAUUCUUAUUAUUUGUCCUUCUACUUUUUUCUUUUUAUUGCUAUUAUCCUUGUUUGUACAUUAGAUUUUUUUUUUGUUUCGCUG